AUGCAGUUUCGCAAGAUUCUGGAUGGUCCGAAAGACUAUAUAUCAAGUUUGAGCCUUCUUUCGGGCUGUUCUCAUGUUCUUUAUACGGCUUGGGACGGUGAGAUGAGCAUAUAUGAUUACGAGAAUGAAUCCAAAUUGGUAGAACUGAGACACGAUACGGCGUUAUUAUCGUUGUGUCCGACUGAUGAUGGGAAGAUUUACGUGGGGUCAGUGAACGGAGAGGUUUUGGAGGCGGAUCUGGAGUCUGGACGGUUCAAUUUGGUUUCUGACAUUGCGCAACUUGGCAUUUCUACGAUGUGCUCCUAUAAAAAUGAUCUGGUCGUUGGGUCAUGGGAUGGUAGUAUACAACUGAUAGACACGAGAAGCAAUAACCUAGCUUUUCGAACAUCGCCGUCUGAACAUAAGGUAUUGUCGCUGGACUGCGUUGGUGACAGAGUUGUAGCGGCGUGCACUAAGGGAGUUGUCAAGAUAUAUGAUUUACGGGACAGAACAGAGCCCCGAAUAAGAGAAUCGGGGCUUAAAUUUCAAACAAGAGAUCUCAAGGUUAUGCCUAACGGUCAAGGGUUUGUGCAGAGUUCAAUUGACGGAAGAGUAGCAGUUGAGUUUUUCGAAGAUGACGAUUCGUCCAGAUUUGCUUUUCGAUGCCAUCGCAUGAAUUUACAAGACUCGCAGUUCGUGUUCCCGGUAAAUUCUGUGUGUUUUAAGCCGAAUUCUCUGGUUUUGUUCACUGGAGGCUCGGACGGUAAAGUGUGCAGUUGGAAUCUGGAAACCCGCAAAAAGAUUGACGAGCUGCCAAAGUUUGACGAAAGUGUCAUUAAGUUGGCCUGUAAUGGCAGCAUUUUGGCUGUGGCUACGGGCGAUGAUUCUUUCAAAACUUUGGCGACUAUUGAAAAACUUGAUCUGCAACCUGGAAGCAUUUAUGUAUCAAAACUAUGA